AGGGGACUCAACUGAAACUUCAACUCACUUCAAAUGCCUCCAAAUGCGUUCAUGUAUGUGUGUAUGAUCCAGGACCCCCCUACUCGUAUUACGGAUCUGAAAAUCAUUUAGUGACUCAAAUGAAGUUUCUAAAUUCCCACCUCAUUCAAACCACGAAUGUCUACUAGCAACGCAUGCAAACUGUUUGUUCCAACGGUUGAUUCGGUUGAGAAAAUCUACUCAGAAGAGUUGAAAGAAGUUGCGAAACAGCAUUUCAACACGAAACGAUAUCACGUUGCCCUUUCAAUAUACACUUUUGUGUUGGUGCGAAGAAAAGGUUGUGCUACGACGGAGCUACUGAGGACCAUCAGGUGUAAUCGUGCGGAAUGUUAUUAUCAGCUUGGCAGCUAUCAUUCAUCCGUUUCAGACUGUCUGGAAGUCAUCGACUCCGCAUCAUCCCCGUAUAGUAACCUAGCCAUUACCCGAAAAGCAUACUUCCGCCUUGCUCGCAGUCAUAGGGGUUUGCGACAGCCCACCGAAGCCCUCGAGGCACUAGAAAGCUCGAAAGAGGUGACCGGUAGAUUCAACGAAGCAGAGCAAAAACUCUACAAUGACCUUCUCGCUGCGAAAGCACAGCAAGAUCGAAGAAGAGAACCUCACCUCCGGGCUUCACCACCUCAAGAGCAAUUUGAGGUUAAUGCCAACCAGGGCGACAGCUCUGACACUUGCACUGUCCACUAUCUGAUAAAAUUCCCGAACACAGGAGACUGCCUUAGUCUUUCAGAAAUAGCUCCCGUUAGGUUGAUCCAACGCCCAAUCCGCGACGACAUUCACGCACUCGAACUAGAUCUAUACAUGCGUUCGCUAUUCUUGAAACGUGGGACAAGUAUCCUUGCCUCUCGUCGUUGGUUUUGUGCCAUGUGUGAUCAAGAUGCCAAAACGAUGAGGCAGGAUCACUUACCGGAAGUCGAUCCUCAUGUUAUGGACCCACCCGUUGUAGCAGCAGAAGCUGUGCCAUUUUGUGGAGAGAGUUGUUUGCAGCAGUAUGAGAACUAUGGAAAAGAGUAUCAGAGGGAAAGAGAGCGCAAAUUUGGAGCAUCGCCAGUGGUGGUCUCAUAUUAAAUUUGUACACCAAGCAUUAUUGUAGCUAGCCCAUGACAGCCUUAGUAUUAGCUGUGUAUAGCGUGAGGUAGAGGCUUGUAAUAGGAGUAUGCAGUGUAAUACUUGUUCAGCUCGCAAA